CAUUGAUGUUUUGCAUUAUAAUUCUGUCGAUCGUGCGAUUCACAUAUUUUUUACAAGGUCUAUCUGCAAGUGACUAAUGCAAUGAUAUCUUCUCUUUCUCCUUCCCUUUCCAUUCUCGUUUUUUUUUUCUCCUCUGAUAUGAGCAAACGUUAACACAACUGUGAUUCAUAUUAACGCUACUGUCGCAUAUAAUAAAUUCGGGCACUAACCGGUGCGGCCAUAUUUCCUCACUUUUGUUACUUAUCAUUACCGAUGAGAUCUUUUAGCAUAGCUUACUAAAUUUAUCGUUCACGAAAGCCUCGACGAUGCAUCCGACGGUCGUGUGUUUGCUGUUGAUUUAUGGAUUCUUCGGUUUCGUUGCAACACACGAAGAGCUACCGCAGAACAUCACACUGGAAAUGUUUAUGAAGAUGUUGGAAUCGAGCAAGAAGCCUCCGGUCGUCGAUUAUAACCCUGAUGUCGACCUUACUACGACGGGAAUGAUAAGAAAAGAAGGUUAUCCUGCAGAGGCUCACGUUAUACCGACAGAGGACGGUUAUCUUUUAACAUUGCACCGCAUCCCAGGUGAUAAGGAUUCUCUGCCUAUCUUCUUGCAACACGGUUUGUUGGGCAGCUCCGCCGAUUGGGUUAUUUCCGGCAAGAGCAAAGGACUCGCUUAUAUACUAGCCGAUAAAGGAUAUGAUGUUUGGAUGGGCAAUUUUCGUGGCAAUACCUAUUCGAAGGCACAUUGUUCACUAUCGCCAUUAUCCUCGAAGUUUUGGGAGUUCAGCUUUCACGAAAUGGGUAUCUAUGAUCUACCCGCGGCGAUUUCAUAUAUCACAAAUAUGAGAUUUCAACCAAUACACAUGUACAUCGGUCAUUCAAUGGGCACAACUGCUUUUUAUAUUAUGGCUUCGAAGUGUCCGCAAAUCACACAAAUGGUAGAAGCGAUGAUUAGCCUCGCACCUGUGGCCUUUGUACAACAUAUAAAGAGUCCAGUGCGAAUUCUGGCACCCUUCAGUAAGCAGUAUGAGAUAAUCGCAAACGUUUUGGGUUAUGAUGAAUUCUUGCCGCAGAGCAAUUUUAUACGCUUGCUGUCGAAGUACAUCUGUGACCUAAACAUUGUAGAGAAGAAGAUCUGCAGCAACAUCAUAUUCUUGUUUUGCGGUUUCGAUCAGCAACAGUUUAAUUACACACUGUUGCCUUCGAUUUUGAGUCAUUCUCCGGCUGGCACAUCCACCAAGACGAUUGUGCAUCUUAGUCAAGGUGUUCUGACGGGCAAAUUUCGCCCAUACGAUUACGGUCCCAAAAAAAAUAAGCAAAUUUAUAACGCCACAGAGCCGCCAGACUAUGAUCUCACGAACGUCACAGUGCCGAUCGCGUUGUUCUACGCCGAUAAUGAUUGGUUAGUCAGCAACCAGGAUUUAAAGAAGCUCCACGGUAUGCUAAAUAAUGUACUCGACGUGUAUAGAGUGCCGUUUACCAAGUUCAAUCAUGUGGAUUUCUUAUGGGGCAAGGACGCGCCCCAACUCGUAUACAAGAGGCUGCUACAUCUCAUAAAUCAAUCUUACUUUGAUGACUAGAAGAAGAUCUAACUAUCGCUCAAGCGAGUGGAAAUAAUGUUUUAAUAGCGUAUACAAAUAAUAAUAAUCGCGAUUCAUGACAAUAUAAUUAAUCUUAUUUUAAAGUAUAUUUGAUAAGCAAUAUAACCAGACAAUAUGAUUUACUAAAAGAUUAAAAAUUUUUAAUUUUAUAUCAAGAGAGCCUUUUCAUGACUUUAUUUAUUUUCUACUAAAAAGAGAGAGAGUAUCUUAAAAACAUCUAAAAACGCUUUAUUUUAUCUUGACGUCUUUUGGACGUCUUUAAGACAUCUUUUAGUUAAUUUAUGCUGUCUGGAUAUUAUUGUUAAUAAUAUUUUACUUUAAUUAGUUAUCUUGGCAGAUAGCUAAGAAAGUUGCAAUAGAAAUGGUGAUAAUGGUGAUAUGUUUAUAUAUUGGUAUAAAGUAAAUAAACCAGAUUUACAAUUAUA